AUGGCAAGGCGUUUGCUCAAAGAACUGGAACGCUCCUACGGGUUUGACGAAGUUGCAAUCGUCCCGGGCGAUGUCACGAUCAACCCGGAAAUGACGUCCACGCAAAUGAGCAUCGGCCAAUACUCCUUCGAAGCUCCGGUGAUGGCUUCAGCGAUGGACGGGUCGGUGUCGCCACGAUUUGCGACGCUGAUGCACGACAUGGGCGGACUCGGCGUGCUGAACGGCGAGGGGCUAUACACCCGUUACGAAGACCCCUAUUCGGUUUUGGAAGAGAUCAUCUCCAUGGACCAGGGCGAGGUGACGGAGUACCUGCAAGAGGUUUACGGCCAGCCCGUCCAGGACCACCUGAUCGGCGAACGGGUGCAGGAGAUCAAGAAAUCCGGGUCCAUCGCGGCCAUCGCGUUCACGCCCCAAACCACCAAGCAGCUGAGCCCGCUGGCGGUGGAAGCCGGAGCCGAUAUCAUCGUCGUCCAGUCCACGGUUACGACCGCGCGCCACAUGUCCCGCAGUUACCGGGGCCUCAUCUUUGCCGAGUUGAUCGAGUCUCUCGAUGUCCCCGUGGUGGUGGGCAACUGCGUGAGCUACAACGUGGCCAGCGAACUGAUGGAAACCGGGAUUGACGCGAUCUUGGUUGGAGUCGGCCCGGGAGCGGCUUGCACGACGCGAGAAGUCACGGGCGUAGGUGUGCCCCAGGUGACCGCGACGCUGGAAUGCGCCGCCGCCCGCGAGGACUAUUUCCAGCGCACCGGCCGAUACGUCAGCGUGAUAACCGACGGCGGGCUGCGUACCGGCGGCGACGUGUGCAAGGCCUUGGCCAGCGGAGCCGACGGAGUGAUGCUGGGAACGCCUUUUGCCCAGGCGGCAGAAGCGCCAGGACGUGGUUUCAACUGGGGCAUGGCGAAUGCGCAUCCCGAACUACCCCGGGGAACCCGCAUCAACGUGGGCACCAAGGGAAGCCUGAAGCAGCUGAUGCACGGACCAUCUAGCGUGACCAACGGCACCCAGAAUUUGGUGGGCGCAUUGCGGGUUGCGAUGGGCAUGUGCGGCGCGUACACGGUCCGCGAUUUCCACAAGACAGAAAUGGUCGUCGCCCCGGCCAUCAAAACCGAGGGCAAGCACUAUCAAAUGCUCGGCUGA